AAUAAUAAUCACGCAAUCACCAUGGGUCUCCCACAGCAACCAGUACAACCAGCAAAUGACGCGCCAUCGAGCAGCAGCGUUCCGACACAGGCGGGCGACCUGCCACCUGCAGCGCUUGAACUAGCAGGCAAACUAUUCGAUUUCGCACGACAAGGCAAGACGGAGGAAUUGGCACAAUACAUCAGCGCUGGCAUUCCACCCAAUCUCACAAACCACAAGGGCGACACACUGCUCAUGCUAGCAGCCUACCAUGGCCAUGCAGAAACAACAAGGAUGCUGCUGGACAAGGGUGCAGAUCCGAAUGUGUUGAACGACAGAGGUCAGAGUCCCAUUGCCGGCGCAGUAUUCAAGGGCUCGGACGACGUGGUCAGACUAUUGUUCGAGAGAAAGGCAGAUGUGUAUGCAGGACAGCCCAAUGCUGUGGACAGUGCACACAUGUUUAGGAAGGAGGACUAUCUCACACUAUUCGGUGUGGAACAGCAAUGA